AUGGGGCGGAAGAAGAUCCAGAUCACCCGCAUCGUCGACGAAAGGAACCGGCAGGUUACGUUCAUGAAGAGAAAGUUCGGAUUGAUGAAGAAGGCAUAUGAACUGAGCGUGCUGUGCGAUUGCGAGAUCGCUCUGAUUGUCUUCAACAGCUCCAACAAGCUGUUCCAGUACGCCAGCACCGACAUGGACAAGGUGUUGCUCAAGUACACCGAGUACAACGAGCCCCACGAAAGCAGGACCAAUUCCGACAUCAUAGAGGUGCUCAACAAGAAAGAACACCGGGGCUGCGACAGUCCAGACGUGGUGGACAGCAACACCUACGCUUUGACGCCAAACACCGAAGCCAAAUACAAGAAGAUCAAUGAUGAGUUUGACCACAUGAUCAGGAGCCACAAGAUGUCGACAAGUAUGCUGCAGCAAAAUUUGGUGCAUGCGGAAAGAGGAGGAACAAGUGAUGGACGAAUGAUGACGGCGUCACAGUUCCAGCACACUCACCUGCAGAGGAACAUCCACGCUACGCACAGGUCGACCUGCACCCCAAACGCAGGUGACACUGAGACACAAAGCAAUUCUGAUCUCAUCCUGCAAAAUGGAUCUGGACCAGAUGUGAACAGAUUUGUGGAAUCCCCCAUUAAGAUCGUCCCGCCCAAAUCUCCCACGCCAAUACGCAAGUCGGAUCUGCGAGUGCUCACACCUGCAUCCAAAGCUGCAAUAGCCACACUGGGUGAACGUCAGGCCAGUCCAGCUUUGAGCACACCCGUGGUCUCCGUUAGCACCCCAAGUCUAACUCUGCACAACCUGCUCUAUGGAAAUGUGAAUAGUGCAAUCAUAUUUGAUUAUGAACUGAGCAGUGCUGAAAUGCCUAAUUUUUCUUCCCCCGCUGGACCAUCUUUGAACGCCAUGACCACGUGGCAGCAACAAAUAAACAGCUCAAUGGGGCCCAGCAUGACCACCAAUCACAGCAACAUCAGCAUCAAGGCAGAGCCCCGCUCGACUCCUCCACCCAUCCGACGCUAUGCGUCCCCCUCUGACAGCACCGCCCAGCAGGAUGAGCAUCUGCCGCGCCGUCGUCCCGACUUCCUGCCGUUGGCCGUCACUCGCUCGGAGGCCGGCGAAAGCGCGCCGACCAAGCGUCUGCGUGCGGACAGCUGGGUCACUUAG